UCAAACGAGCGCAUACAUCAGCGGUGAGCAAUCACGUGAAUUUUCAACGGGAUUUUGCAGAGCUUCCGCGUUGAAACCAUCCAACCCUCUUAGCCUCAUAUUCGUUGUCUAUACUUCCCUCCUUCCUUCGUGUAAUUACAUUUUUUUCAUCAGCAGUUCCAGGACCUAAUUGAUACACAAGAUCACUGUUUUUUUAGAGAGAGAUUGAGAGAGGAUGUUUGGUUCAAAGAAAACUCCUCUGAGAGAUGCUAAACCUAGUUCUAGUGUUACUCAAGUGGAUUCCCCCCAGGCUAUUGUAUCUGUGGCACAAGAGGCUGAUUCCCCUCCACAAAUUGAGGAUCUAGGAUUGUUAGUCACUGAAUCACAACAAAGAAUUAAUGAUAGUGAUAACAAUAGUAUUGUGACACAGUUCAUGGGUUGCAUAGAGGCCCUAAAGAAGGAGAAUGAAAAUGUUAUUUUAACAAUUUUCAAGCAUGCUGAGGAAUACCUCAAAGCUAGUCUUGUCCAGACUCCAGAUCUGCAAUUGCAUUGCGAUGACAACUUGGUGGUGGAUUCUCUGCCAUCAGUUAUUAUCAAUGACCUUCGUGAAUGUGUAAGGCUGAUGGUGACAGCAGGGUUAAGGGAGGAAUGCAUUGACGUGUACAUUACUUGGCGGAGGGAGUUUCUGAGUGAGAUACUAUCAGCGUUGAUAGAGCUCAAAAUUGGCAACACGAUUAAGACCGAGUUUUUUAUAAAAGCUUUGUGCUUAGCUGAUAGGAUACUAUUACCCAAUGAAAGAAGACUCUGUGAAUGCGUCUUUGAAGGGUCCAUUCCCCUUGAGGAUAAGUACCCUGCAUUACCCGGAAUACAUAGGUUCAGGUUUCGGAAGAGUUUGGCCAGUUACCCUGCAUUGCGGGACAAGUUGUUGAUGGAUUUGAACAUUUACUCAGCAUUACACGGAAUACGUAAGUUCGGGGAAUUGUUAACUCUUACUUACGGUGUUAAGGAGAAAGCCAUUGUUCCCGGCGGCAGGGUUCAUCAGAUUACCCUUGAUGUGUUGGACUACGCUGACAAAAUAGAUAAGGAUUGGCGAGGUUCUUUGAACCCCAUGACUGAUGAAGAAAGAAAGUUUCCACUGAUAACAGACCUGUUAGACAGCAGUUUGGAAGCCAACUCCCAAAAUUACCAUGAUCCUAUUUUGGGUUACGUUUUCAUCAUCAACAAUCGAAGCUACAUACAACGAAGGGCAAUGCAGCGUGGAUUGAGACAUAUUCUUGGAAAUGACUGGAUUAAAAAAAACACAACUAGUAUCAAAGAAAACCUUCAACUCUAUCUGAGAAACUCAUGGAAUAAGAUCUUGGAUAUUUUGAAGCUGGACAUCAAUGAGUCAGAGCCUAAUGUUGCGGCACAGUUAAUGAAAAACAAGCUUCGUUCCUUCAACGGACACUUUGACGAUAUAUGCAACAUUCAGUCUACGUGGUUUGUCUUCACUGAGGAGCUAAGGAGAAAAAUAAUAGAAUCCAUAGAAAAGAUGUUGUUGCCAGCAUAUGGAAACUUCAUUGGGAGGUUGCAGGAUUUUCUUGGUAACCAAGCUUAUGAGCACAUUGAGUAUGGAAUGUUUGACGUUCAAGAUAGACUCAACAAUUUGUUUCUUGUAAGAGAGUAGAUGAAUCUGAUGCCAGAAGAGACGGAAAGGAGACACAAGUUUGCAUUGAUUUAGAAUACAAAAAUAUCAUCAUCAUUCAUUGCAAACAUAGUUGUACAUUUAUUCAAAGGAGACACAAUUUGUUUCUCAAAGGAUUUGUGCCAUUGUCGUACAUUUAUUCCACUGUAUGUCUCAACACAAAA